CGGCAAUAUUGGAGCCACGGAUUAGAAAAUAGAAAGGGUAGUGUUUGCAUGCUAUUUUCUGAGGCAAUAUGGCAGCCAUGAGUUUCUGCCACGUGUCACUCCGCCCACCGGAAAUCUCCGCCGCCACCUCCAACUACCGCACGUCCGCCGCGUUUCCUUCUACAAGGAGGAACUUUUCUGUUUUUGCCGCUGCUUCGCCGGAAACUUCCACCGCGCCUCUGGAACCGGAACAACCCGAGAUCGAGCUAGAAUUCCUCGGGCCUAAAUCAGGAGAUGCAGUGAACAGAGCCAAAGCCAUAAGUGGAGAGAAGCUGCUGAGGAAUAUAAUGUUGGAUAACAAAAUUGAGCUUUAUGCCACUUAUGGGAAACUAAUGAACUGCGGAGGUGGUGGAAGCUGCGGAACUUGUAUUGUCGAGAUUAUUGAUGGAAAGGAUCUCCUGAAUGAGAGAACUAACACAGAGCUUCGAUAUCUCAAAAAGAAGCCGGAGUCUUGGAGGCUCGCAUGUCAAACAAUUGUAGGAAAUAAAGAGAACUCUGGAAAGGUGGUUGUACAAAGGUUGCCCCAACGGAAAUGAUCGAGAAGAAACUGUAUCCAAGCUCGUACAUCGCUUUUCUCUUCCAUGGAACAUAGUAUGCUUAUUCGGCACAGCUCUGGUUUGCAUAGGGAAAUAUUAAUUGAGAGUUGAUUGUUUCAUUAAAUAUAUAUAGUCACCAUUGUGUAUACACACUAGUUCUUGGUUCUUGCUUUAUAAUUUGAUCGUCUGUGACAUUCAAUUUUAUAUGAUACGAACACGAUUUGGGCAGAGCUUAUCUCCCAUGCUUUUACUGAA